CUCUACAAAUUUCAGUCACAUUUUCCCCAAAAUUGAAAAAAAAAUGGAGGCUAUUAACAUGAAGAUCUUCGUUGUUGCAGUCAUGAUGAUGACGAUAAUGGCUAUCUCCGCCGUAAAAGGCGUCGCCGCCGCUGAUGCUCCGGCACCGGCACCGGCUUCCGACGCUACCGUCUUCGUCCCCGCCGUUUUAUCUUCAUUUGUUGCUCUUGCUUUUGCUCUUCUCUUCUAAGCUACUAUUAUGUUUUCUUUAUUCAUGAGGGUAUUUUCGUCAUUUUUUUUUAAUUUGUGGGAGUUGAUUUUUUUGUUUUGUUUUUUUGUUUGGGUGAUUUUAUGAUUUGUAUUUUGUUAGUUUUAUGUAUUUUUUUUUUGUGUAAUAUAAUUGGAAUAUUUAGUGAGUUUUUAGGUUAUUAUUAUUAUUAUUUAUUAUUAAUAAUAAUUAAGAGAUAUUGUCAUCUUGAAUUCUA